CUGAAGGAACUUGAGGUGUGUUUCUGCUUCUGCUACUUCAUUGCCUGGUUUCAGGAAGCAUUUUGUCUUCCAAAUCAUCACGCAUAUCGCCCGCCGUCUGCUAGGCUUGCUCUUGAACGAGCUGUGUGGAAAUUAAUCUGGCGGAAGGGGAAACUUGGGAAGUGAGGAAGGGGGGAAACCGAUACCUCUGUGCAUGACUGGAAAAUCUAACCAAGGCUCGAUUUACGUGUCCUUGGCACGGAUAUCACGGAUGUCUUAACUUUUGUCUGUGCGUUGGGAUCUAAAGGCGAAACGACGAGGAAGUGCACGGGGAAGAGAGGAGGCCUUUAAAUCCCUCGCAGCCUGACGCUAUCCAAUCACAGGGGUUUGGGACUGGGAAUUUUUUUGGGGAAAGAAAAUUCAAGCAAAGGGAUCAUAAUAAUCGAGUACAAAGUACUAUACAAGCCACUGAUUUCGAAGGAACUUCCUGGACCGACAUCGUAUCAGCACCUGAGCCUCAGCUCAGCUCAUCUCUGGAGUCGCCAACACGUGGUGCGAAAAUAGUCUCGGGCUCCUGCAAAAGUUAAUCAAUCGAAAUACAUCACCAGGAGCAGUUGAUUUGCUGGAUACUUCGGUCUAGAGACAUCCCGGAAAUAAAAAGGUGCGUCGCAGAGCCGAGACACGAGGUCUGAGUAACGACGACUGCGGACUCGUCUGUCCGCUGAAAUAAUCGCAGAGAAGCGCGAGCCGCCUGUUCCGCCAUUGUGGUCCGCGCCAUUUGUUCGGGUGCUGUACGCCACGCUCAGGCGCUGCACGCAGUAUGGCGGCCGACAAUAAUGAGGAUAACUGGGCGACAGGGGAGAGUGUGGUUGAGCCUCUGUACUGGUCUGCAGUGAAGAAGAUAGUGGCGGGGUACAUCCAGGCCAACGACCUCCAGAGGGGCAAGUGGAUCACAUGUGAUGAUGCGUUACAAGCUCUCUGCGAUACUGAUAGUACCACGCAGGCCCAGUUCUACUACACCCUUGCCACGCACUACCCCGUUAAGAGCUCUGUUAAAGUGCCCCGGAGGCUGCUAAAGCGGCAGGCAGAGGAGGAGGCAGCUAAGAUGCGAGGGGGAGACAAGGAGAAGGGGAAGGGGACACGUGGCGGAGGAGGAGGGGAAGAGGGAGGAGAGGAGGAAGGAGGAGGAGGAUGGAUGGGACAAGGAUUGGAGUUCAAGGGAGGGAGUGACGCAAGAGCAGGAGAUGGCAGAAGAAGAUGCUGAUGGGCAAAUGAAGAAUGCUAAAAGGCAGCAGCGUCGGCAGCAGCAGGACGAGGAGGCAUACAUUCAAGAGUUUGACGCAAGGCCUAACCCAGAGCCGAGCCCGGGACGCAAGAGGAAGCGCGGCCGCCCUCCAAGGCCUCCCGGGAGGAACCUCCCACCACAGCCCGAGCCCUUGAUACCGCUCCCACUGCUGCAGCACCUCACUACACCGAUCCGUUCGCCUCUGACCCUUUCUCCUCUCAUCCAGACGCCCCGGAAGUCACAGACCCCUUUGCCUCCCCCCACGCUCCCCCCCCUCCCCCUCCUCCGCCUGCUCCCCUGGGCCCGGAGUGCGGUUACGCGGCGGUAACCCUGGCGAAUCUGGGCGUGAUUUUCCUCAAGAGGAGUCAGCUGGAGGGGCUGCUGGCGGACGAGCAGUUCGACCAGAAGGUGGUGGGCACGUUCGUGCGGAUCAAGGUGCCCAGCCCCGCCAACCAGACAGAGGCCUGCUACCGACUCGUGAGGGUCACAGGCUGCACGAGCCAGACCGACAUGUACCCCGUGGGCAAGGGGCUAACCAACCGCGUGCUGCUCAUCAUGAACCUCAAGACGCCUGAGGCCACCACCAUCGACCUCGUCUCCAACUCCGAGUUCACCGAGGACGAGUGUGCGAAGCUGCGGCAGUACAUGAAGUGGGGGCUCGUGGAUCGACUCACCGUGGACGAGGUGGUUGCCAAGGAGAACGAGCUGCACGAGCUCAAAGUCAACGAUUGGUUGGAGUCGGAGCGAGUGAAGCUCACCAAUCUCAGGGACAGGGCGAGCGAGCGAGGAUCCAAGAAAGAAUAUCCUUCUGC